GUGCCAGGCUAAUCAGAAGGCUUUGGGACGACAGGAUCCCGCAGCUGGAACAGAGAGCAUCUUAUAUACGACUAAGGCAAAGUUCAUGAUGGGCAUCUGGCAAAACUAUUCCUCACUGGGCCUGCUGGCUAUGGCCCUGGUAUUUGUGGCCGUUGACCAGAGUCAGGCUUUACCCCCACGAGGCCGGUGUCCCGCCAACAAGGUGUAUGGCUGUAAAAGAACGUGUUUCAGUAACUGUGAUAACCUGAACAGCACGAGUGAGGCCUGCUUUCUAAAUUGCAAUAGCGGCUGUGACUGCAAAAAUGGUUUUGUGUUUAAGUCCAAGGACUCCAACACUUGUGUCCCCGUUUCUGCCUGUAAAGUCUCCUGCCCCCAGCACUCAACCUUUAUACCCUGCUAUACUCACUCCCGCAAGUCUUGCUUUACCAAAGAUGACCCCGAGACGUCUUCAAAAACCUGCUCGCCCCGCUGUGUCUGUGAUAAAGGCUACAUUCUCUCCAAUGAGCCCGAUCCUCACUGCAUUAAGAUCAGUGAAUGCCCUAAAAAACCUGCCAACUAACAUAUUAAUAUCAGCCAUAUAAACCCUUUCCUGCAGGGAGUAAGAUAAAUAUGCUGUGUGAUUUUGUGCCAAUAGAUAUAGAAAUGCAAAUAAAGUAUCCAAUAAAUGUCUGUUGUCUCCGUUCUCAAAUAAAGUGCAGAGUUGCAGUUCCA